UGAUUUUUGUCUUUUAUUUUUUUAUAAAAAUUAUAUAUCAUAUAUAUAGUAUAUAAUGUAAAUUAGGGAAUAGGGAUUAGGUUUGAGAAAAGAGAAAUUUCUGUCCCUUUGCAUCUCGCUCUCGCACAGCCACAACCGCACCAUCCCUACUCACUCCAUCACUCGUCGCCUCUCUCUCACAGUCGCUCUCUCCGGCCGUCCGGCGUCUUGAGCCUCUCGACACAGUACACACUCGCGAAGUCCGACAAAGCCUCUUCUUCGCGCCUCGACCGCUCGACGCCUCACCUCCGAAGUCCGACCCAAAAGCUCCGGCCGCUCCUCGCCUUGCCUCUAAGACCCGCCUCACCUCCGAGGCUCCGACAUAAAGUCGCUUUUGUCAGUCCUCAGCUGCCAAGUGGUAUGAAGAAAUCAAAGGACCCAUUUGAGGUUGCUUUUGAGGAGCAAGAGGAGACACCUCCCGAAUCCCCUGUUGCUGUCAAUGAGAAGGAAAUGCAGACUUCGGUGGGUCCCACCAAGGCUGGCGGCGAAGAUGUAUACACAAAUGCAAAUAUAAGUACUUCAGUCCCAGCUUCCAGGCCUGUGCCGGUGGGGACCACUGGCCUGGUUGGGAAGAAUAAGGAAGAUGACGACGAAGAGGAGGAAGAGAACAUGGAGGUUGAGCUUGGAAAGUUCCGCGGGGGAGGUGAUCCUGCAAAAAUGGCUAAGAUGCAUGAACUUUUAGCUCAAUUCACGGAGGAGCAGUUGAAUAGAUACGAAUUAUUUCGGAGGUCUGGAUUUCAGAGAUCUAACAUGAAACGGCUAUUAACAAGUAUAACCGGAAGUCCAAAAAUCACGGUUCACAUGACAAUUGUGAUGUCUGGAAUAGCAAAAAUGUUUGUUGGGGAGCUUGUCGAAGCAGCCAGAAUAGUGAUGUCUGAGAGGGGGGAUACGGGACCAAUCAGGCCAUGCCACAUUAGAGAAGCAUACAGGAGACUAAAACUUGAAGGCAAGAUCCCAAAACGAUCUGUGCCAAGAUUGUUCCGCUGAAAUUACGUUUUGACAGUUUGGUUAAUAGCAAGCAAUCAAUCAAUGAGUCUAGCUUUUUUAUCCUUGUAUGAUUAUUUUCUGUUCUCCGGAUUAUUGAAUUUUAAGCUGUUGAGAAUGUUGAUGAUGUUUGGUUUUGGAUUCUCUGUGUUGGGAUAUGGAAUGAAUUGCAGCGGAUCUUUUUGUCACUAUGUGUUAAGCCCGUGAAGCCCCGCUUUGGUAGAACGAAGGCGCUUACGUUACAAUAUAUGAUUUUAUUUUGAAGUGCUCUGUUCUAGUUUUAUUAGUUGUGUCCAAUUCAUAUUUGAUAAAUGGUGUGGG